AUGGAGCAACCAAUCCCUUUGCCGACUGAGUCGGCCCCGUCGUCAGGGGCAGAAGCUACUUCGUCGGCGAGCGCCCCCGCGGCUGGUUCCAGUGUACAUACAGAGGGGUCAACGGCGCUUGCGAGCCCGGAGGACGCUUCAACUGUACCCAGUUCUUUUUCCGCGCCGGCGGUUGCCGGCACUUUUUCUCCGGAAGCUACUUCCUCGGCUGCGAGUUGCACUGGGGAUUCUCAAACAGCGCCUGACUCGUCCGUGGCGCCUGCCCUUCCUCGUUCCUCGCUGCCUGCGUUAGCUGCUCGGUCAUCCACUGCCGUCCGUCUGGAUGGCGCUGUCCAUGGGUUCGACUGCACGCGAGGCGAGCUGUUUCUCACUGAGGCGGAGGCGCGGGCGAUCGAGGAGCAGUUCAUCGCAGAGUGGGCGAAGAAAGCUUCUGAAAUCGACGGUGGAAAAGCCUCUCGGCCGCAGUGGCGUCUCCAGCCGAUUGCUGCCGAAGCUGCGCGUGGCCAGGGAGGCGGGAAGCGGUCUCGCAAGGGCGCCGGGACGUCGUCUCGGCGCGGAUUUAGCGCGCUGUCUGGCCUUCUCGAGAGUGCGGGUCUGAAGCUCGAACCGACUGAGUUGAGUGCUUCGGGCCGUCCUCAGCGUUCUUCGCGCUCCGCCACCGCUGCCUCUGUGGGCCCGUCUUCUGCGAGUGCGCCGGCAGACAGUUCCUCUCACUCUGCGUCUCACUCUUCGCCUGUCUCGCAGGAGGCGUCCAAGCGCGGGAGCUUGAAAGAGCAGUCGUGGGUCCCCUCGCCCUGGGUCUGUUGGAUGCACGAGGUCCUCGUGGAGCUCUGCAAGCAGCCCGUUUGCUUGCCCUUUUUCCCGCGAGUCUCGCCGAAAGACGCCCACUAUCCGGAGCUUGCACGGAAGGUCUUUCCAGCGACCCCCAUCACUUUGGAAAGCGUCCUCGAUCGCCUAGAGCGGAACGAGUACACUUGCACGGAAGAGGUUUUCAACGACGUCUACACCGUCUUCCUCUGCGCCUUUCGGUACUACGAACCGGGGAACCAGUACUGGAUGAUGGCGCAAGAAGCGUCGAUCGUCUUUCAGUCGCUCACGCAAAACAAGCCGCUGCUGUCUUGCGACUUCGACGCAUUCGUCGCCGGCACCGCUAACUCUGCCGGCGCUUCUAUCGGGCCCGCAAUGGCGGGCGCCACUGGCUCUCACUCGACUAUCAAGCAGAACGCGAGCAGGGUCGAGAGAAAGGCCAGGGGACGAGACGGCAAAUCGGCGAAGGGCUCGAAAGGCAGAACGACGGGGCUGAACUCCGGAGGCCCCAGCACAGAGCUGGGUAAUGUCUACCGCGGAGCAGGUGCCGGUGCGCCAGUCCUUCCCCCGGGAUCUGGGCUCCCGCCCGCUUCUGGCUUGGUCACGCCGGAAGAGAGAGAGGCGUUUCAACAGAUUCUCGGCCAGCUGGACAUGGAAGUUCAUCUCGAGCUUUACAGCGUGUUCAAGGAUCGAGCUAUGUGGCUUUCCUUCGGCACUGGAGAAGUGGAGCUGGAUGACGCAAGCACUGCGCCGGAAGUCUUUCGGGAAAUGGUUGCCUGGUGCCGCGGGCGCCUGGCGGAGAAGCAGCAGCGACAAGCAACUUCUCACGGCCUUCCUCACGCUCCAAACGUUUUGUCUCCAUCCAGUCAUUCGGCGCCUUCUAUGCAUUCCCACUCUGGCGUAGCACGCCCCCCGCAGACCAUGAUGAUGCAGGGAGCAGGGGCCUACAUGGGCAUGUCUCAGCCUGUUGGCAACGAGCCUCAUGGAGUGACCCACCCAACAGCCACAAAGCGACCAGCUGUGAGUACUGAAGCCGGGAAUCUGCUUCCGUCGCCGCCGACGAAGAAGCAGCGAGCUUCCGUCGCAGACAGCGCGAGUUCAAGCUCGUCGGAUGACGGCAGCGACGACGACUACUGAACCUCGAGCGUAGCCGGCGAGGUUUUGUCCUUUCCCGCAUACAAGUGAAGUCGUAUUCAGUAUCCCAGAUGGUGUCCUGCCGCUGGCUAGUCGAUUUGAGUCACCUCCGAUUCGAGUUAUAUACAGUUCUGGAUCGCGGCCGUUAGCAGAAAACACACGUGAGGAAAGAAUCUGCGUUUUUAGGCCGAUGCUCAAGAUGAGACGGCUGACGAGGGCACCUCGUUUUUUGAAUCGUCUGCAUCUUUUGUUUAUCUUCUGUUUCGCACCUUCUCGCACGUCUUCUCCCUUGUUCUCGUUCUUUCUUUUCCGCCACUCUGGGCUGCGGUGCUCCACGUGUUUCUGCCGGCGUGAGUCGCGGCUCGUGGGUUUUUCUUUCGUCAUGAGAGUUUUUGAAAAGUGCAUUUUGGGGAUUUCAGCCGAGCCUCGCGGGAGGAUGCUCUUCUGUUCUAUCGCGAGUGUCGGCUUCUUCGUUGC